AUGGGCCCAUUUCCGGUGUCAUACGGGUAUAAGUACAUCCUCUUGGCGGUGGAUUAUGUUUUCAAGUGGGUUGAGGCAAUUCCCACUAAGACCAAUGAUUCUAAGGUUGUGCUAGAGUUCUUACGAACUAACAUUUUGUCGAGAUCUUUUGGGGUGAUAAUGAGCAAGUAUGGCAUCUCUCACAAAGUGUCUACUGCUUAUCACCCUCAAACUAACGGUCAGGCUGACCUAGCGAAUCGUGAGAUCAAGGGGAUUCUCGAGAAGACCGUGAACCCGAAUAGGAAGGAUUCGUCACUUCGGUCGACCGAUGCCUUAUGGGCCUACCGCACUGUUUACAAGACCGUGUUGGGUGCUUCACCUUACUGGCUCGUUUAUGGUAAGACCUGCCACUUGCCCGUUGAGAUGGAGCAUAAGGCCUAUUGGGCUAUCAAGACGCUAAACGCGCGUUUACCUAAGGCGGGUGCUCAUAGGAAGCUCCAGUUGUGUGAGCUCGAGGAGAUUAGGAAUGACGCGUAUGAGAGUUUGAGGUCCCGGUGGGAUGGUCCCUACAUUAUGCAUAAGGUUUAUCCGAAUGGGUCAGUAGAUGUUUGUGACCCUCAGAAUGGUAAUAUUUCCAAGGUUAAUGGGCAGCGUCUGAAACCAUUUUUGGAAUAUGUAGAAGUCGGUGAACCUGAGGAGGUUUUGGUUGAUCCUGUUUAUUCGAAUGACCCUGUUGUGUAG